AACCUACCAACCAUUGUCAUUUCUGGUGAGUGCUUCACAACUCACACAAUCCUAAACUAUAUUCCAUAAAAUUAUUUAAAUUCCUUUUACGUCUAAUUCAAUCUUUAUUCCUGACCAAAUCAAAACAAGCAAAAUGCUUGACUACCUAGCCCUGGCUUUUGUGGUCGCGGUGAAAGUUUUCAAGAAAACUACUCCGAAUGGCAAAGUUACGGUUUACCUUGGCAAGCGCGACUUCAUUGAUCAUGUAGAUUAUUGCGAUCCCGUCGAUGGCGUUGUGGUGGUCGACACCGAUUAUCUGAAAGGACGAAAAGUUUACAGCCAGCUCGUUACGACGUACCGCUUCGGUAGGGAGGAAGAUGAGGUCAUGGGAGUCAAAUUCUCGAAGGAAAUGGUCAUUGGCCAAGAUCAAGUUGUACCAAUGGUCAACGCUAAAAUGGAAUUAACACCUGUCCAGGAGAAGCUCCUGAAGAAGCUUGGACCUAAUGCCUUUCCUUUCACAUUCACCUUCCCCGAGAUGUCUCCUAGCUCGGUAACUCUUCAACCAUCUGAAGAGGACCAGGGAAAGCCCAUGGGCGUAGACUACUGCGUGCGAACUUAUGUGGCCGACAAUGAAGAUGACAAGGGCCACAAGAGGAGCUCCGUUACUCUUGCUAUCAAGAAGUUGCAACAUGCUCCAGCUGCCCGUGGGCGACGCCUUCCUAGCUCCCUGGUGAGCAAGGGCUUCACCUUCAGCAACGGCAAAAUUAGCCUAGAGGUUACUCUCGACAAGGAGAUCUACUACCAUGGGGAAAAGGUCGCCGCUAACAUCAUCGUAUCUAACAACUCCAGGAAAUCUGUCCGCAACAUUCGCUGCAUGGUUGUACAGCAUGUUGAAAUUACCAUGAUUAACUCUCAAUUCAGCCGCCAUGUUGCAUCUUUGGAAAGCCGUGAGGGAUGCCCAAUUACUCCUGGUGCCAGCCUUUCUAAGACCUUCUACCUGGUGCCUCUGGCUCGCAGCAACAAGGAUAUCCGCGGUGUCGCUUUGGAUGGACACUUAAAGGAAGAUGAUGUCAACCUCGCCAGCUCUACUUUGGUCUCCGAAGGCAAAUGCCCUGCUGAGGCCAUUGGUAUUGUGGUUUCCUACUCGGUACGCGUCAAGCUUAACUGCGGAACCCUUGGUGGAGAACUCGUCACUGACGUACCCUUCAAACUGCUUCACCCAGCUGAAGGCACCGUCGAACGUCAACGCUUCAAUGCCAUGAAGAAGAUGCAAUCCAUUGAGAGACAUCGCUAUGAAAAUUCGAUGUAUGCCAAUGAGGAGGAAGACAACAUUGUUUUCGAGGACUUCGCUCGUCUCAGGAUGAACGAACCCGAAUAAGCAAUUGAAAACUUGAAGUCGAACAACACCAAAAAAAAGGGAAAAAAAUAUAAAAAUACAAAAAUAAUGUAAUCAAGCAAGUUAGACAACAUCUUGACCACAGAACCGUGCCGCUCAUUAACCUUAUAAUCGAUUCAUUUUCAUCCAUUAAAUACCUAUUUAUUUGGAUUUUAACCUGUAUAAUUUUACCUAAUUUAAAACUGUUUUCAAAUCAGUUAUGGAUAGUGUGAGUUUAAUCAUAGCUAAAUGAAUUGAAAUACAUGUGAUAUCGAUAAUUUAAAAAAAUGUCCAAAAAAAUAUCAUUAACAUCUAAUUGUAACCUUACCUUAUUUGUGCCUUUAUAAAAUUUAAUAUAUAGCUAUCACCAGA